UGUGACGUCUGUUGUGGUUCUGGGUCAUUGAAUCAUUGAAUCAUUUUGUUUUUUAUUUUACUCUUGCCGCUUCCUUUCGUGUCACCUUCAAAAUUUCAGGAAAAGGAAUUCUUCCGUCUGGAAUCCCACUAAACACACCUUUCAUCCAAACUCCCGACUCUACAUACAACUCCCGCUGCUGCGUCUUGCAGUAAGAAUCACGCACAAUAAUAAAUAGCAUUUCCUCGGAAAAAAGGCGUUGGGCUGUCUGAUUGACGCCCUCCAGCUCUCGUGCCCACCAUGAUGCACCCAUCCAGACAGGCGUACGUGGAGGAGACAGAGGACACAGAUAUGGGCAUCGAUUAUGCCGACCUGCCUGUGGACCGCGAUUAUGAUAUCCCCGCCGCCACGGCCGGCAUCCCGUCAGAGAGAGCGUCCGCUAUUCUGUCCCAGUUUGAACGCAAGCGAAGAGCCGCUGCUAUGGUAGUCCCAACCGAUGAUAACCGAGUGCGCGCGCGGUUACGAGAGCUCGGAGAGCCCAUCACCCUGUUUGGCGAAGGCCCCGCGGACCGGAGAGAUCGACUGCGAGAGCUCUUAACUGAUGUCGCUGAGCAACAGGAUGCCACGGUAGCUGAAGGAGAUGUGGAUAUGUCAGAAGCGGCACAGGAGGCGGUGGAGGAAGAAGCAGAGCAGCAGGAGGAGUUCUAUACCGAGGGUUCCCAAGAUCUUUUGGAGGCACGGAAAGCGAUCGCGCGGUUCUCCAUUCCUCGCGCAAAGAAGCGCGUCGCCAGACAGAAAGAAGAAUCGACCAUCCCAUUACGGACACACAUCAAGCAUCGUAAAGCGAUCAAGGAGAAGCUACACGGGUUUGAUCUCUACGGUUCGCAGAUCGCGGGCGAUCGCCCCGUCAGCAUCUGCCGCUUUGCGCCAGACGGACAGACCAUCGCUACAGGUAACUGGGGUGGUGGGAUUCGGCUGCUUACGGUGCCCAAUCUGGAGGAGAAACGGUCGUUCAAGGCACACACAGACCGGGUCGGUGGCCUGUCAUGGUUCCCGGGUGCUACGCUUCCAACGUCCAAUGUCUCCGAAUCAACUGUUAACCUUGUCUCUGGGGGCGGUGAGGGCAAUGUGUGUCUGUGGUCGCUCGAUCAGGACCAGCCUUUAGCUACCCUCUCUGGACACAGCGGUCGGGUGUGCCGAACGGAAUUCCAUCCUUCCGGGAGAUAUGUCGCGUCGGCGUCCUAUGAUACCACGUGGAGGCUAUGGGAUGUUGAGACGACCGCUGAAUUGUUACUGCAGGAAGGCCAUUCUCGGGAAGUUUACACGGUAUCAUUCAAUAACGAUGGUUCGCUCUUGGCCAGUGGAGGACUCGAUAGUAUCGGACGUAUCUGGGACCUUCGCACGGGCCGAACUGUGAUGAUUCUGGAAGGCCACAUCCGCGAGAUUUACGGUUGUGACUGGGGCGUGGAUGGGUACCGUGUCCUAACCGGCUCGGGUGAUGGCUGGGUCAAAUGCUGGGAUUUGCGCCAAGUGAGAAAUACCGGAGGCAUCGGAGCACACAAAAGUGUAGUGUCUGACCUCCGGUGGUAUAAAGGAACAGAGUCUACCAGCUCCUAUUUACCGUCCAGUGAUGGGCAGAAUGGCCGGAUGGAUGUGGACGGCGACCAGAGCGCACAGUCGGCACCUGUACAACCAAGGAAGUCGGGCACUUUCUUUGUGAGCAGUGGAUUCGAUAAGAAUGUCAACGUGUUCAGUGCAGAUGACUGGUCGCUGGUGAAGACGCUGAGUGGGCAUGCAGGCAACGUGCUUAGUACCGACAUCAGCGACGAUGCGCAAUGGAUCGCUAGCUGCGGACAUGAUCGUACUGUUAAGCUUUGGGGCAUCGACGCCUAGAAUUCUUCGCAAUUUAUUUUAUAUAACUGAUUUUUUUUUUGCCCAAUCUAUGGCCCUGCGUUACAGGUCACUACGUCAGAUUCAAGGUAGUCGCUUGUUUCAUAGAUCUCAUGCAUCCGAUACCCAGCUUCACAAUCACGAUAUUCAAAACCACGAGGCCAA